CAAUUUGGAUCGGUUUGUUUGCGCGGAAAACUUUUCUGUUUUUAGGAAAAAUGCGAUGUCCUUGUUCCUGUGGGCCCCUAGCGGUCCAUUUCGGCCAAAAAAAUGACCAGGUAUCCACGUGGAAUAUGCGCCAAGAACCAAGUCAAUCCAGCCAACUCCCAGUCGCUGCUGCGGUCGCCCGUAAUGGACACUGCCUUGGGCAGUCUGGUGAUGGAAAUCGGCUACACGUUAACGGCUUCGCUGGAGGACUGCAAGAACCACCUGCCGAAGAUUGGCGACAGGAAGAACACGGCGCAGGAUGUGGCCAAGAUUAUUUCGUCGAUGUGUUUGACGCACGCGUCACUUUCGGAGAGUCCUGUGGUACACGCUCUCGGCACAGCUGCUGCACAAAGCGCGCGUACGUCGAGUCUUCUUAAUCCAGAACUUCCGGCCAAACUGAGCCUGAGCGAGGUGGAAACCAUCGGCAAGAACCCCACGGACAGCGGGGAGUACACUUUAAACGAACCCCAAAUACACUGAAAAGCGACAUGAUCGCCGUCAAACUCAGCUCCAAGACCGUGCUCGAGGAGAUCACUCCGUCCGUUAUCGAACCUUCGUUCGGCGUUGGCCGCAUCAUGUACUCGCUCCUUGGGAACAGCUUCCGAAAGCGCUAAGGCGAGGAACAGCGCAGCUAAUUCUCGCUGACCCCGAUCGUGCCCCCCCUCAAGUGCUUUCGUACUGCCGCUGAGCAACAACACCGACUUCUCCCCAUUCAGGAAGAAGAUCUGUAAGUAGUCUACCUCUCAAGCAAAACUUCCUUCUAACCCAAACUUCUUAAAUCCAGCUUCGGCCCAGCGUGAACAUCUCGCACAAGGUGAACGACUCGAGUGGCUCGAUCAGUGGACAGACGAGCUGGUUGGGAGUAAUCUACGACCGCCGAUGUUUCCGGCAAGCGGGACGGCGUGGACCAGAGCGAAAGUACGGUGGAUGAAAGCUAUCCGAGCGGAUAAUGGUCAAGGCAGGAAAAUUUCAUCUCUAGUGGAAGUCACCUUGCUUGACGGAUUCCGGCGAUUUGGUCCGCAGUUCAGCACCGUCGACGCGGCCAACAGACUUCAGCGGUGCGAUUCCUCAGAGGUACUGUCUGGAACAUUAGUGUAAUAUAUUGUGAAACA